UCUUUCUUUUAAAACACAAUCUCCAUUUCAUUUUUUCUUCUUUUUUUUUUUUGAAAAAUCUUUCAACGUUGUACUCAUGUCGGACACAGGUCGAGCACUACCAAAGUUUGGUGAAUGGGAUGUUAAUGAUCCAGCAUCAGCUGAAGGCUACACAGUGAUUUUCGAGAAAGUUAGGGACGAGAAAAAGACAGGUGCAGGCAAAUCCGAGUCACAAAAGAUUAAUCCUCGUACCAAACCUCCGUUAGAUCCUGCCAAAACACAAACUAAAAAUUGGUUUUGUUGCAUGCAAAGUCCUUCUGCAGAGUCAUAGCGAUUGUUGUUAUAGUUAAAGAGACUGAACAAAAGAUCAUGUAUAUUCGUAACUAGUUGCUGCCAACAUUUUCUCAAGGAUAGUUAUUAUGUCAUACACGAAUUUGGUUGUAAUUUAGUUUAUUUAUAUGCUAUAAAAGUGACUUUGUAGCAUGAUAGAUAUAAUACAGAAAACAAACUACUAUUGAUAAGGAUUUGUAUCAAUAUUGUAGUUUAUUGAUGCUUAAGGAACGAAGGAUAUAUACUCCCUCUUUCAACCUUGUCUCGUGCUAUGUGCUAUAGAAUUUU